AUGUCGGGGACGAUCUCUGAUACCGAAGGUUCCGAUCUCCUCCCACCUCCAUUAGGUUUGAGUAGUUCGAGCCUUCCGGCUCCGCCGUAUGACGACUGGGAAAAGCCCGCCGAAUUCGACCCUGCUCGACAUCAUGAGCCCAUUGGAGAACAAUCACAGCAGCACAGCUCUGGCAAGGGUUGGUCACAAAAUUGGUUAGAGGACGGGUUCGUCAACCAAAGUCCGGAGUCCACACCGGUUGAACUACAGCCUCGCAAGAGCUUCCGACUUAGAAGGAGUUCAACAGAACAGGAACGGGAGAGGGUGAUUUCUCAUGCCGAAGCCAAGUAUCCAGGUAUGAAAAGAGACGGUGCUGAGCGGAAGACGCUAGGCAAUAGCAGCGCGAGAUCCAGCGUUCAACAAAGCGUUAGCCACUUACUCAGAUCUCUACCGCGGAAGGGCGCCCAGUUAAACAAGGAGAGCCUUGGGCAGGACAUUCCACCACGAGAAAGACAGUUAGCCAUCCCUGCAACCCCUUAUCAAGUGUACGGUGCUGCGGUCUUCUCCAACAAAUUGCAGAAGAAGCAGCAGAAAGAGGCGCAGCAGGCUCAGCGGACGCGUCAAAGAGGGAAGUCUGUCAGUCUGGUUACAGCGUACCAGAACAGUCAAAGUCAAAUUGUCGGGGUUCUUGAGGGGGCAAAACGCAAAUUGAGACGGAAGUCAUCGCAGAAGAGACAGCGAAAGUUGAAGGAGAGUAUUAUCAUCGUAGGCCCAGCUGAGAUGAAGAGGUCGGUGAAUCCCAUGAAUCAAUCUACAGUGGACGACGAAAACUCGUGGAUUUGA